AUGGAGCAGACGCGCACGGGCGGUGCCGGUGAGCAGCCCAGGGGGGCUCCCGGCGAGGAACCUGCGAAGAGGAUCAUCGGCGCAGACGUGCCCGCGGCGGCGGCGGCGGAGUCUGGCUUUGGCUGCUUCGACUGCAACAUCUGCCUCGAGUGCGCCACGGAGCCGGUGGUCACGCUCUGCGGCCACCUCUACUGCUGGCCCUGCAUCUACGAGUGGCUGCGCCCCGACGCCGAAGCCGACGCCAUGAGCUCGGCGAGGCGGCAGUGCCCCGUGUGCAAGGCCGCGGUGUCCCCGGACGCGCUCGUGCCGCUCUACGGCCGCGGCGGGAGCUCCGACGCCAAGAAGCCGCCGCGCGGCCUGGCCAGCAUCCCGCGCCGCCCGGCCCUGCGACAGAGCGCGCAAGACAGCCGCGGCGACGGCGGCCACCACCAUCGGCACGCCGAGACCGACGCGCCAGCCCGGACGCCGCGGCACCCCGCCGACGCCCACGCCGCGCAGUUCGACGCCCUCCUCCCCACGCCGUUCGGGGACCGCGGCAUGAUGCACUCGACGGCCGGAGGGAUGCUCGGAGGGAUGGCGGUGGCCGUCCUCCCGCUGGUGCUCCGUGGGCAGGCGCAGCCGCCGGGCAUGUACUACUCGGGCACUUACCAUCUGAUGAACCCCAGGCAGAGACGGUUUCAUAUGGAGGUAGAGAGGUCCCUGCAUCAGAUAUGGUUCUUCCUCUUCGUGUUCGUGGCGCUGUGCUUGCUCUUGUUCUGA